GAUAAGUAUCUGACAUGAAUGUGAUCAUGAUGUCUCCCCGUGUUUUUGCAAGAAAGUUACAGAAUGGAUAAUGAUGAUGCUGUAUCAGUAUGUUGGAACUGUUAUCUUUGAUUCAAUGACAUGAAUUACGGGAAGCGGAUAAAGCUCAUGCUUCCAAGCAGAAGCGAAAGUGAGCAUUCCCUAGGAGAUGAUUUUGAUGAAGAUGGGAAAAGUACCAAAAGUUUUUUCUCUGAGGACAGUAAAGGAGGGGGCAGCAAUAAAGACAUUACUGACAGGGUGAAUCGGAACCUAAGUGAGAAGAAACGUAGAGACCAGUUUAACAUGCUCGUCAACGAACUUUGCUCAAUGGUUUCCACAUCCAGCAAAAAGAUGGAUAAAUCCACAGUCCUCAAGUCAACCAUAGCAUACCUCAAAACUUACCAAGAGACAGCAGUACAGGCACAGGCCCAUGAAAUCAAGGAGGACUGGAAGCCAUCCUUUCUUUCUAAUGAUGAGUUCAUGCAUCUCAUGCUAGAGGCAUUGGACAGUUUUUUACUGGUUUUUACUCAACAAGGCAAUAUACUGUAUGUAUCAGAGAGUGUUACAUCCCUGCUGGGACACCUACCAGCAGACCUCACUAAUCAAUCUGUAUACAGCUUUAUACAUGAGAAUGAAAAGCAAAACCUCUAUAACAUCCUGUUCCACUACAGCAUGCUUUCUCCAGAGGAACGUGCCAAAGAGAAGGAUCAGCUGUGUUAUAGUUGUCACUUCAGGAGGGAAUCCUUGCCCCCCAGUAACAGUCCCCUGUAUGAAGUGGUUAGUCUGUCAGGGUUCCAGCACUGGAGCAGGGAUAAAUUGAGCAGUGUGGAGGAGGAGUGUUCCCAGUACGGACAGACUGGACCAAAAGAAAACAGCUGUUUCUGUUGUACAGUGAGACUACACAACUCUCAGUUUAUACGGGAAAUGUCUCUAGUGGACGAAUCUAAAACAGAAUUCACAUCACGACACAGCUUAGAAUGGAAGUUUUUAUUUCUGGAUCACAGGGCCUCUCCAAUAAUUGGAUAUCUACCAUUUGAAGUUUUAGGGACUUCUGGAUAUGAUUAUUAUCAUCCUGAUGACCUUGAACAGAUAGCUAAAUCACAUGAGCAGUUAAUGCAGACUGGGGAGGGAUCGUCAACCCACUAUCGUUUUCUGACAAAGGGGCAACAGUGGAUCUGGAUAAAAACAAGAUAUUACAUAACAUAUCAUCAGUGGAAUUCCAAGCCAGAGUUUAUUGUCUGCACUAAUGUAGUUGUAAGCUAUGCUGAUGUCAGGGAACAGGUACUCAAGGAUUUGGGUAUUGAUUCUAAGUCAGACAACUUGGAGUCUUCCUUCCAAGUCCAGCGAAGUCCCUCCGUAUGUUCUGUGACCUCAGGAGGAAGGUCACGGUCCAACUGGUCCUCUUCACACUCUAUUGAUUCUGCCAGCACUGAUCAACAUGUCAGUGGAAAUCAGAUGUCUGAUAAAGAAAGUGUGGAAGAACUGCCCUCUCACAUCACAAAAGAUUCUUCUUUGUCACAACACAAGCAUAUCCAGCUUCUGCUUCAACAGAGAUACCUCAACCAGGCUACUGCUAAUGACCCCAAACAGCUACAGAGAUACACAGAACCAGCUGCUGCAGCCCAGAAUAUGUUACAUGUCAACCCAGAUAGACUGGCAAUGGUAUCAAACAGAAAUGGAGCAGACAGUGUUUCCUCAACUUCGCACAUUCCCACAAUGCAUCACAGUUCACAACUUCCUGUUAUUGAUGGUCAAAAAUCUCCAAGUCAGACUCCACAGUUAUUUCUGACACCAAUCCAGAAGCAGCUUCAUGAACAGUUGAGAGAGAAGUCCCAGAAAUUACAGCAGGCCAUUCUUCAACAACAGGAAGAACUUCAACAGAUUACACGGCAGCUUGCAAUGGCUCAGCAGGGAAUUCUUCCACUCCCUGAUGUCCCCAAUCCAGGUACACCAGUGAUUAUGAAUCCACCUGCAAGAGCGGCUGUGAUAAAUACCACCCCUGUAAAUGCAUCAGUAGGUUUCCCUUUGCAAACCCCCGUGUCUACAGCCCUGUCCCAGGAGCAGCAGCAGUUCAGUCUGUUUCAGUUGAUGCCCCAUGAUACAGAGACUGUGUUCUCUUACACGUCAGACUGAGACUGACUUCAAUCUCAGGACAGUUUGAUGUUAUAGACUCUCCACUCAGGAGAUGUGCCAUUGUACUCAUGUGACUAUUUAAUGUAUUAACUGUAAUUAAGCAUUUCGGGACUAUUUACUGCCUAGACUGUAUGUUUUAAGUUGAAGUAUCUCUAUAGGGACUUCUUGUAUAAUUUUGUGUAUCGUGUAGUAUGUGUACUGGUAUUACAUGUAUUACACUUAAGUUUUGUAUGAGAUUUUUACACCAUCUCUUUUAGACUGCACAUGCUGCAUAGUUUAUACAUGUAUUACACUGAGUUUGGUAGGACAUAAUUUUGAUUUUUAUAUAUGAUAGCAUAGUCCCUCUUUAAACAUUUAAUUAAUACAUACACAUAAUGACAUAUAUUCUCUGUACAUUCCUUUCCUUUUGUUGAGAGCUCUGAGAGGUGGUUACUUUUCUGGUUGUGUUUUUUGUUAUCCAUCAGUUACUGGUAAUGCUCAUCACUCUCUCUUUAUUGCCAAGUUACAUGUGUGUAACUGACCAUCCAUGACCUAAUAGUUAGUAAGGUAUGUGAAAUGUUGCCGGUAGAUUAAUUUUCAUAUCUCUAUAACUCACCAAGUUUUUUGAUCAGAGGUUGAACAUGCAAAUGUCAACUUACUCAACCAUUUUCUGCUAAUCUUUUGUACAGAAGUAUUGUAGGGUUACUCUAUUCUGAGGGGAGGUAAUCUGUACAUGAAAGGGUUUUUCUUAUAAAAACUGUACUUUGAUAUUUGACUUUCCUUAAGGGUGUAUAAGUUUUGAUCAGUUAUCAGUUAUUUUUCAGAAAGGGCAAGGCAAAAUAGGUCAAAUUUGUGGUCCUGGGCCCGUUAGACACAUUUUGUGAUGACCAUGGAACAUGAUAUCAGCUGUUGGAUGACCCUCACUAGACAUUUUAACUUUGUGUCAUAUACCCAAUCAUUGCUGCAAAAAAUUAUUUGUCUUAGAAUCUUGUAUUUAUCUUUUGCUUUGACAAGAUGACAAAAUAAAUGGCAGAACUAUUGGUACAGAAAUACUUUCUACCUAUUACAUGUACUUCCAUAUUACUCCUCAUUGAAUGGUUAAUAUGAGUUAAUAUGUUUUGUUCUUAUCUUAGAAACAAAGCAGUCUUUGAAAGCAAUGCCAAGUAAAUUCUUCUCAGUAAUACCAAAAUCUCUCAAUUUCAGUGUUCAUGAAGGGGUUCUUUUUUAUUUAGGAUUUCUUCUUUAGAAAUUUUUUUUUUUCUCGAAUCAAAAUUUUGCAACAUUCUUAGUUAGAAUGAUUCAUCUUUUUUUUUUUUAAAUAGAAAUCAUCAGGUGCUUUUUAAAGUAUGAAAUUAAAUAUUAUAUGUUUGUAUACCAAUAAGAAAUCAUAAGAAAAUAAUCAAACUUAAAAGUUAACAAGACUGAAUAUUGUUUUAAUGAUCUUUGUGUUUAGAUUGUUAGUAAAGACCCAGAAUAUUGUAGAUUAGCAAAGCAGUUACUAAUUUAGUGUGUAGUUGAUCUAACCUGAACCAUUUCAUACUUUUUUAUUAUACAGCAAUUUCGGAUUUAUAACAAAACGGAGAAGCUAAGAUUCAACAAAUCAAGUAAAAAUAGCAUAGGGUACCUAUUAUACAUUUGAUAAGAGGAUAAAAGUUACCAUCUUGUGUUUUGGUACAUUUACUUAUCGGAUGAAUUUAUUUUUUAAAAGAAUUUUAUUUCAUUUUUAUGGUGCAUUAAAUGUCGAGACUUUCUGUUAGAUUUUAUAUAUGAAAUACUUGAGAGACAAAAGAGAGAUGAAAAGGAGAGGAAAAGCUCUCUUUGUCAACGAAUCCAAAUUUUGUGGCUUGAUUUGAUUGUUAUAAAGGUGCAAUAAUGCAUUUGAAUGAAAGAUUGAUAUAUAUUUAUAAUUAUAUAUAUAGAUGUUGAUUACAUUGUUGUUGAUAUUAAAUGUGCACUUGUAUUA